AUGACUCGGCUGUCUUCAACGCAUCGCGACUCAGGAGCUACGACCGUCCGCGUCGACGUAGGGCAUUUCGACCCGGAUGGCACGCAAGACUUGCGACGGACGUUCUCAAAGUGUUCCAACGCGGGAGAUGACAGUGCCUCGUCGUCUACCAUAGGAAAUGCAGAAGACUUUGACUUUCAGAGGACACUGGGGGAAUUCAUUAAGCGACGCGAUGAUGCUCAGGUCAAAGCUCGUGAGCUGGGCGUCGUAUUUAGGAAUCUCCGGGUCGUUGGGAUGGGCGCAUCGUCUUCACAUCAGCCUACGCUUGGAACAGCUUUGGAUCCGAGGAGUAUUCUCGACGUCAUCCAAAGGAUCAGACAUCCACCUAUUCGUGAUAUUAUCAGCGGCUUUGAAGGGGUGGUGCGUCCUGGGGAAAUGCUGUUGGUAUUGGGUCGUCCAGGAUCGGGAUGUUCUACCUUGCUCAAAACGCUUGCCAAUCAACGAGGAGAAUAUCAUGCUGUAGAAGGCGAUGUUCGGUAUGAUUCAAUCUCUCCGGAAGAGCUCGAGAAGCACUACCGCGGUGAUGUUCAGUAUUGUCCGGAGGACGAUAUCCACUUUCCUACUCUUACUGUUGAGCAGACCAUCUCUUUUGCUGCGAAGACACGAUCGCCCCGUGGCCGCAUGGGCUUGGCCACAUCGGAAGACGACUACAGUGAACUGGUUACAGACAUUCUGUGUACGGUGUUCGGUCUUCGACAUGCGAGGAAGACUCCCAUCGGAAAUGCCUCGAUUCGUGGUGUGAGCGGUGGAGAGAAGAAGCGUGUAUCUAUCUGCGAGGCGCUUGCGACGAGGAGUUGUAUUGGCCUGUGGGAUAACUCCACGCGCGGCCUGGAUUCUUCCACAGCAUUGGAAUUUGUACGGGCACUGAGAAUUGCAACGGAUAUGAUGCGUCUUACGACGAUCGUUUCAAUUUAUCAAGCUGGCGAGCCGCUAUAUCGGUUAUUCGAUAAAGUGUGCGUCAUAUACGAAGGUAAAAUGGCGUAUUUCGGGCCGGCGUGUGCAGCGAGACAAUAUUUUAUCGACUUAGGAUACACUCCUGUAAAUCGGCAAACCACUGCAGACUUCCUUGCGGCAGUGACUGAUCCAAUGGCACGCAUUCCGAGAUCCGAUGUCCUGUCUAUCGCUCGUAGUGCUGAGGAGUUUGCUAGGCAAUUCAAGCAGUCUCAGCUGGGGCAGGAAAAUCGGGCGGACAUGGCAUCAUACGAAGGAGAGUCUGAAGCUGAGGAGAAAUCUUCAAUGUUUAAAGAGAGUGUUCGAGCUGAACACGCGGCUGCGAGCAGGAAGAAAAGUCCUUACACGGUCAGUAUCGCAAUGCAGGCUCGGGUUGUAAUGCUCCGAAAGAUGCAGAUUAUGCAUGGUGAUAUGUUAGCCAUAGGGUUGACCUUCUCGACCUACGUUAUAAUAGGUAUCAUCAUUGGCUCUGUUUUCAUGAACAGUCCGGAAACUACGGAGGCUUUUUAUUCCAGGGGUGGUGUUCUUUUCUUCGUUCUGUUAUUUUCGGCCUUGACGUCAAUGGCCGAGAUCCCCUCGUUAUUUUCUCAGCGUCCUAUUGUCGAAAGACACAAAAAGGCGGCUUUGUAUCACCCCUUUGUCGAGGCUAUUGCUUCAACGUUGGUCGAUAUACCUUUAACAUUUGUGACCAGCAUAGUUUUUGGCGUCGUUGUCUAUUUUAUGGUUCGACUUCAACAAUCAGUGGUAUGGCUUCCUACAUUCUUCCUCUUUAUUUUCGUUACAUCUUUAGCGAUGAAGGCGUGGUUCAGGGCAAUUUCGGCUGCUUGUAAAGCCAGUGCUCCUGCUCAAAGCCUGGCAGGUAUAUCUAUUUUAGCCCUUGGAUUAUACACUGGUUACACUGUUCCUAAGCCAUCCAUGAUCAGUGCUUUCAAAUGGAUCGCAUACGUCAAUCCUCUGAAAUAUGGAUUCGACGCCAUUAUGAGCAACGAGUUCCACACAAUUGAUGGAGCCUGUUCUCAAAUCAUACCGCGAGGAUCUGUGUACGACCAAGCGCCUCUGGAAAACCAGGUCUGCACUAUCGUCGGAUCUGAACCAGGAAAAGCAUAUGUGUCGGGGUCACGAUUCUUGAAACUCUCAUAUGACUACGAAUAUUCGGACAUCUGGACGAAUCUGCUUAUUCUCAUAGCUUUUGAAGUGGCAUACUGUAUCGCUCUCUUUAUUCUGACCGAGUAUAACACAAGGUCUGAGGGCGAGACUUCCGUCGUUCUUUUCAAACCAGGCACCAAAAUCUUACUACCAACUUCUGACCACGACGAAGAAAAGGCAAUAUCCCAAUCAGCACCUCUUGACGACAACAUUACGAGCGAGAAGGCGAAACGACCAACUGUCCACCGACCGAUUUUCUCAUGGCAACAUCUCCAGUACACGGUUCCCAUAUCUAAUGAGGAGGACAGACGUCUCCUCGAUGAUGUAUCAGGCUAUGUGGUACCUGGGAAAGUAACCGCCCUCAUGGGAGAAUCUGGCGCCGGUAAAACUACGCUACUCAAUGUUCUCGCAGAGAGAGUCACGACUGGUGUUGUGGCCGGCGAUAGGUUUGUCAACGGACAGACAUUGCCUCCAGAUUUCCAAGCACAAACCGGGUACUGUCAACAAUUGGACACUCAUGUUCCAUCAGCCACCGUUCGGGAGGCAUUGUUGUUUUCUGCGAAGCUUCGGCAGCCACCGAGUGUCCCAUUAGCUGAAAAGGAGGCCUACGUUGAAGAAUGCUUGAAGAUGUGUGGAUUAGAAGCCUAUGCCGAUGCUUGCGUCGGUUCACUUAGUAUUGAACAUCGAAAGCGUACAACGAUCGGCGUUGAGCUUGCCGCAAAGCCUGCACUGCUGCUCUUCUUAGACGAGCCGACGUCCGGCCUUGACUCACAAAGUGCUUGGGCCAUCAUGUACUUCCUACGGCAGCUGGCUGAUAGCGGACAAGCAAUUCUCUGCACGUACCCUUCGGCCGAACUAUUCCAAGUCUUUGACCGGCUCCUCCUUCUCCAACAGGGCGGACAAACCGUCUAUUUUGGUGACCUCGGCCCACACUCUUCUACCGUCAUCCGCUACUUCGAGACGCACGGAUCGCGUCCAUGUCUUCCGGACGAAAACCCUGCGGAGUUCAUGCUCGACGUCAUUGGCGCUGGUGCCACAGCCAAGAGCACGCAGGAUUGGCACACAGUCUGGCGAGAGUCGUGUGAGUUCCAGGAGGUGCAGCGGGAGAUUGCUGAUAUUCACACGACGGGCCGAACUCACCCGCCUGUGCAAGCAGCGUAUACGCCGACGUCGUGGCUAUACCAAAUGCAUGUUCUUCUCCACCGAAACACCAUUGCUUUCUGGCGGGACCCGACGUACAUCAUGUCCAAGAUGGUUCUCAAUGCUAUCGGGGGACUCUUUAUCGGUGUGACGUUUUACCACUCAGCGGAUAGUCAGCAGGGAACGUUGAAUAAGAUUUUCGCGGUGUUCAUCCCUACUGUACUUUGUGUUCCGAUGGGCGGCCAGAUACAAGUGCAAUUCGCUAACAUGCGAAGCGUGUAUGAGAUCCGGGAACGUCCGAGUAGGAUGUACAACUGGGGCGCGCUGGUCACCGCACAGAUACUCGCGGAGGUUCCGUGGGGCAUUAUCGCCUCCAGUCUAUUAUUCUGCACCUGGUAUUGGACUGUUGGAUUUGAGACUUCCCGCGCCGGAUACACCUAUUUGAUGCUUGGAGUUCUGUACCCUUUGUACACAUCGACGUUUAGCCAGGCCAUCGCAGCUAUGGCGCCUAGAGCAGAGAUCGCCACAGUCCUUUUCUCGCCGUUCGUUUCUUUCGUAAUCAUAUUCAACGGAGUCCUCCAACCACACGCCCUCCUGGGCUGGUGGAAGUGGAUGUACCGCCUCUCUCCGUUUACCUACCUCCUUGAAGGGAUAAUUGGAUAUGCCGCAGGCGACUCCCUUCUAACCUGCUCCUCACUCGAAUACGUCACCGUCGUGCCACCGGAGGGCCGAACAUGCAGCGAAUACAUGGACCUCUUUAUCAGCUAUGCAGGCGGUUACCUCCUCGAUCCUUCCGCCACAUCAGCAUGCUCCUUCUGCCCUUUCCGUACUUCAGAAGCUUACCUCGAGUCUAAUUUCAAUAUCAAAUAUGAUAACCACUGGCGCGAUAUGGGUGUCUUUGUGGGGUUCAUUGUUUUUAAUAUCGUGAUGGUAUACGUACUGACGUACUUCUUCCGCAUACGCUCGGGUAGCCUCGUUCCGUCUUUCUUACAACGGAAACAACGUUGA